UUUCCUUUAUUAUUUGCCCAUUUUUUUCCCCCACUUCCUUCGUUCUACCCUCCCCCGUCUUCUCCCUCCCUCGAAGCACUGCACGGCCGCCGCCCCGCGCAGGUGUUUCCUUCUGCUGCAGCGCCUUUAUUGCACUCACCUGCCCUGCCAACGUCUUCAAGCUCCAGCAGUGGAAGGCGGCGGCGGAGCUAGCAUAGCACACCAAGCGGCGACACGACGUGCCCCCAGCUGCCACAGAAAUCUACAUAUAAUUGGAGCCCCAACCACCUUGUUCCUCUUCCUCUGCUUCCCCCUUCCCCAGCUAGCGCCUAGUAGCCCCCCUACACCGUCGCGACUGUGUAAUCAAUCAAUCCGCUUUCCUAGCUCCUACUCGCCGGAGAAGAGAAGGACACGCCAAGGAGCCGCGGACCUGCUAGUGCUACCUGCCUGCUCCCUUCAGUUCUCAGAGUAAAAGUUCCCUGCAGAUUCCUCUGACCUGCUGCAUGUUGAGUUUGAGUUCCACAAGGCUACCGUAACAAGUGUGGAUAUGAAUUGGUGUUGUCUUCCUAGUAGAAGAGCCAAGAAAGAAGAGAAUCCUUACUCCAACAGCAUAGGCGGUAUUUAUUCUGAGAAGAACAUAAGGCUCUUCUCCUAUGCUGAGUUAAGAUCUGCCACAGACAACUUCAACCGCACGAACAAAGUAGGCCGAGGUGGCUUCGGGACAGUUUAUAAGGGAACCAUUCGAAAUGGGCGGGAGGUCGCGGUAAAAGUUCUUUCUGCUGAAUCCAGGCAGGGCAUCAGAGAAUUCUUGACAGAAAUUGAUGUCAUUACUAACGUGAAGCAUCCCAACCUUGUUGAAUUAAUUGGCUGUUGCGUUGAAGGAAAUAACAGGAUUUUGGUAUAUGAAUAUCUUAAAAACAGCAGUCUUGACCGUGCACUUUUGGGUUCUAACAGUGAGCCUGCUGACUUCACCUGGAGCAUAAGAUCUGCUAUAUGCCUUGGAGUUGCUCGAGGCCUUGCUUACCUGCACGAAGAGAUCGCAUCACCGAUUGUACACAGAGACAUCAAGGCUAGCAAUAUACUACUUGACAGAAAUUACGUCCCCAAGAUCGGGGAUUUUGGUCUGGCCAAGCUAUUUCCUGAUAAUGUCACCCACAUCAGCACCCGAGUGGCUGGAACAACAGGCUACCUUGCACCUGAAUAUGCAUGGCAUGGUCAGCUAACCAAGAAAGCAGAUAUAUACAGCUUUGGUAUCCUUGUCCUGGAGAUAGUGAGUGGCACAAGUAGUUCCAGGAGCAUAUUGAUGGAUGACAAGGUUCUCCUGGAGAAGACAUGGGAGCUAUAUGAAGCAAAGAGCCUUAAGGAACUGGUGGAUCCAACCCUUGUAGAUUACCCUGAGGAAGAAGUCAUCAGGUACAUCAAGGUGGCCCUCUUCUGCUUACAGGCGGCCGCCGCUCGCCGGCCGACGAUGCCCCAGGUCGUGACCAUGCUGUCCAAGCCCAUCAGGAUCAACGACAGCGAGCUGACGGCGCCAGGUUACCUCCACGAGAGCAGCAGGAGGAGCCCCGGGUCCAGGGCCACCGUUUCCAGCAACUACAGGUUCAAGAACUCGGCGUCCGAGGAUUCCAACAUGUUCAGCACGGUUGUGCCACCAACGGUGACUGAGAUGAGCCCCAGGUGAAGCAACACCAGGCAGAUGUAAAUGUGAUUGAGUAAUUCCUUGCUUGUGAACUGGCGACUAUGUAGAGCUACCGAUCUGACGGUAUAAGAGAGUGAGUGCAAUGUGUGUGGUGUUGUUUCCUCCUGCAAAUGCGGCAACUAGAUCUUGUACAUAUAGAUUAGUGAAUUCAUGCCAGAGCAAUGCAAGAUUGCUGCUUAUUGCACAGCUUGAGAUUA